GAAGAACUGUAGACACCUGUUAUUUUAUCCGAUGUGAUUCACAGGCCCAGAACAGAAACUGUUGCGUGCAGAUCAAGGACUAGUGAAAGCUGACAUGUAUGGUUAUAUUUUGGUCGAGCAAAUGUUCUGGCAUUUUGUUAUUGGUGUACACAACAGUUUUACCGUCAACUGGAUUGUAGUGAUUGAGGAUCACAUUAAGAAUCUAUAAGAAAUGACUGACAACGAAGUGUUGCCGAAGUCAACACUGCAAACAUUGUCCUUAUCAGUAUUAUUACCAAUUAUCGUUGCUAGCGGCUUGCUUGCGAGCGCAUUCUUGUUUUUCUUUUGUCGGUGUAUCGCUCUGCGACGAAGGAAAGCCCGACAGCUGGCAGAGGUGACCCCUUCGGUAUCCAAAACAAGGUCUAUAAGUGUGAUACGCGCGGAUCAACCUAUCCAGUUUGUUGUCCCCACGAUUCCUGUGUACAGCGAAGCAGCGGAAGACUCUUUUUCGGAAAGCGAGUCUUCCGCUAAUCGUUACUCCUUGUCCGAUGGGGAAGAUCACAUGAGACGAAAGUCGAUCAUUGAUCGCCUUCACAUUGAUCCGACGGAACUGGAACAAGCAUUAUAUAAAGCAGACCCUGGGCGAGGAGGCUCAGACACUGGAAGUGGAAGAGUCUCUUUCUCCCUACACUACAACAUCCUUUGUCAGCAGCUCUGUGUGAGACUCAACGGUGCCAUGGAUUUGACUUCCAACAACUCCAAACAUGUAACGAGUCCUUUUGCUAAAGUUGCGCUGGCUUCUGAAAAAUCACUCAAGUUUGUGACUAAAGUUCAUAAGAAGACAGCUAACCCAGUGUUCAAUGAAUCCUUUGUUUUUAACGUGACACCAGCACAUUUAGUUGAUGAAGCUGUAAAGAUUACCAUUUGGGACUACGACAGAUUUUCUCGAAAGUUUCUGAUUGGUCAAAUUAUAUAUCCCUUGAUAAAUUCCGGUAUCGAUUCUCAAAUUUCAGAAGACGUCAAAACGAAUGACAUCUUAUGUAACUUGCAACCUAAGCCUAGAGGUCACCAGAACGUAGAGCUUCUGCUAACUCUAUGCUACAACCCUAGCACUGCAGUGCUUACUUUAGGGGUUUUGAAAGCACGUAUCAUCCCAACAGAGGACAAAGAACGAGGAACAGCUGUCUUCGUGAAAGUUUCUUUAUAUGUAAGAAACAAACUCGUUCGAACUAAAAAGACGUGUUCCAAGAAAAAGACCUCGGAUGUUGAGUUUUCGGACAGUUUCAAUAUUCAGCUUCCUCAGUCGGCAUUGAGUAACGUGGAUCUUGUGGUAUCACUAUGUGAUAACGCUGCUUUUGGAGGAAAGCGCGUUAUUGGCCGGACCCAGGUAGGCGCUCACUGCUUAACCGACCAAGGCAUACAACACUGGCAGGAUAUGCUGUCUAGUCCAAAGAGUACGUCAGCACAGUGGCACACACUAAAAGGCUAACAUUAUGUACACUUCACCCUUCCUUAAGAUCAGAGACACUCAUAAGUCAUCUUUCGGUGGAGUCAAACUUCCGGAUGAUUCAGAUCUGAAUGAUGGCUGACAAUAAUAUUUAAGAUUUGUUUAGAUGAAUUAAAAUUUAAUAUCAUAAAAAAAACUUAAAAAGUCAAAUUA